GAUACUUUCCCAUCCAGCCUGACUCAGGGCUUCGCUGCUCAGAGACCGAGAGAGAAGAUCCCUGACCCUGGAGCCGAAAUGGAGCUGGUGAGGAGGCUACGGCUCCGCAAGGAGCCGGUGCCCCUGUGCAGCAGCUCGGUGUCGGUGUUGAUCCGAGGCUUUGUGGCUGACGUGGGCUGCGAGCUGCUCUACAGGAACGAGGAGCUGGGGCCCGUGGAGGUCGUGUUCAAGUUCCCCAUGGACGCCGAGGCAGCUGUCUACGCCUUCGAGGCCCGGCUGGGGGGGGCCUGCAUCCAGGCCCAGCUGCACGAGAAGAAACAGGCGCAGGAGCUGUACGGGGACACUCUGGCCGGGGGGCAGAGCUCGUUCCUGUUGCAGCAGGAGGGGACCGGGGGCGACGUCUUCAGCUGCUCCCUGGGGAAUCUGCCCCCCGGGGAGGAGGCGGUGCUGACCCUGCGCUACGUCUGCGAGCUGCCGCUGGAGCCUGACGGGGCUGCCCGCUACGUGCUGCCGACCGUGCUGCGUCCCCGCUACACACCCCACGGGUGGCAUGGGGAGGAUGUCACCCAGGGGGUCCCGCGGGUCCCCCAGCGGGAGCUGCCCUACAUCCUGAGCCUGAGUGCCACGCUGCAGUCGCCCCACGGCAUCAACCGCGUGCUCUCCAACUGCCCCCUCACUCCCUUGAGCUAUACGGCUGGGAACCGAACCACUGCCCAGGUGUCACUGGCCCAGGCCCCCCCGUGGGACCGGGACGUGGAGCUGCUGGUGUAUUAUGCGGAGCCACACAAACCCAGCGCGGUGCUGGAGGCCGGACUGCCUGGAGCCAAGCCAGGCUCCCUGAUGGGCGACCCGGCCGUGAUGGUGACCCUGCUGCCCAGCGUGCCCGAGGCGGUGCUGGCCCAGAGCCGGGCCGGGGAGUUCAUCCUCCUGCUGGACCGCUCCAGCAGCAUGACAUGCCCCAUGGACAGCAGAGACCUCUUCCCCCAACGCAUCGACAGCGCCAAGGAGACCCUGAUCCUGCUGUUGAAGAGUUUGCCCCUGGGCUGUUAUUUCAACAUCUAUGGCUUUGGGACUGAGUUCGAGUCCUUCUACCCGCAGAGCGUGGAAUAUACCCAGCAGACCAUGGCCGAGUCCCUGCAGCGCAUCCAGCUGCUCCAGGCUGACCUGGGGGGCACCAGAAUCUUGGAGCCACUACAAGCCAUUUACCGCAGCCCCAGCCGGGACGGGCACCCACGCCAGCUGUUUGUGUUUACGGAUGGGGAGGUAGAGAACACCCAGGAUGUCAUCACAGAGGUGUGGCGUAACCGGGGGACCCACAGGUGCUUCUCCUUCGGCAUCGGGGACGGGGUUUCCACAGCUCUGAUCAAAGGCAUCGCCCGGGCAGCAGGGGGCAGCGCCGAGUUCAUCACCGGCCAGGACCGCAUGCAGCCCAAGGUGCUGCAGUCUCUGAAGCGGGCCCUGCAGCCGGCGGUGACCGGGAUCUCGCUGAGCUGGGAGCUGCCCCCUGGGAUGCAGGCACAGCUGCUGCACCGGGGCCCCGAGGUGAUCUUCGCUGGGCAGCGGUCCCUUGUCUACGUUCAGCUCCGUGGGCAGCCCCAGCCCCCAGACACUCCCAUGGUGGGCGUCACCCUGCAGUAUGGCAUCCAGGACCAGACCUACAAGGAGACACUGCAGUUCCCCCUGCAGCCACAUGAUGGAGACAGGCUGCCUGUUCACCGGCUGGCAGCCAAGUCACUGCUGCUGGAGCUGGAGGGGGGCGUGGGCGCUGGGUUGGAGGGGGCCCGGCACCGGGCACUGGAGGCCAGUCUGAGCUCGGGGGUCCUCUGCUCCCUCACGGCCUACGUAGGGGUGGACACGGAGCGGGGGCUGCUGGUGCAGGGGCCUCUGGUGAGACGGGACGUCCCACUGACAGAUUUAAUCAGGAAAUGUGUGGAGAUGAGAGACUACGCCUUGAUAAGUGAGGUCUCAAUAGACCGUGUCUACGAGUGUCCAGCGAGCAGAGUGCGCCUAGACGAACCGAACUACCGCAGCGUCUUCGGGCGCCUGUCCCAUGACUUGCGUGCGGCACAGCGGAUGCCGGAGGAGUCUCCCUUGCUGAGGCUGGUGUCUCUGCAAAAUGCCGAUGGCUCGUGGGACCUGGACCCCCAGCUGGCUGCCGUGCUGGGGGUGAGCGAGACCGAUGCCAGGGAGAGGAUACCCAGUGAGGACGUGACCCCCAACAUCUGGGCCACGGUGCUAGCCGUGGUCUGGCUGCACGACCAGGCCGUGGGGCAGCGCGACGAAUGGGAGCUGCUGGAGGCCAAGGCUGUGAGUUGGGUGCGGGACCGAGCAGGGGCCCGGCUGAGCGAGUGCUUGAAAGCCGCCAACGCCCUGCUGGGCUGCAGCGUUGGCCCUGCUGUCUUCGGGCUCUGAGCCCCACUGGGAUCCCCGUACCUGCUCCCCAAACUACCCUGGGCAUUCAACUGGGAGCCCCAAGAGCCAACAGGGGGUGCAGAGGUGGCUGCGCUGACCUCGCCCUGCAUGAGCCAUCCAGUGUAAACCUAGUCCCAUCUCUGCGGAGUUCAGCUAUUGUGCAGAUAGACAGACCAACAGGAUCUUUGCUUGUCCAAACGCGACCUCAUUUUGUCAUCAUGGCAGAUUUCUCCUUGCUGGACAAUCCUGAACGCAAACAGGAGUGCAGUGAUUCGCGUAGUUCUUCAUUUCCUCUCUGUCUAGGUCCGGACUAGAGCUGGUUAGACAUUUUCCAGCUGAACAGUGUUGUGUUGGCAAAUGCGAUUCCAUGGUGAAGGCUGAAAGGUGGAAACAGGCAGCAGAUGGAGGAAGCUUGUCCCAUGCUGCAUGUUGUGAAUCUGUCCCCAGUCACCAGCUGCUGAAUUCUCUACCACAGGAAGAAGUGCUUAAAACCUGACCAACCAUCUUGAUGGUUAAUGCUCAUGCUGUGUCCAUCCUGGGCAGCACGGGGCCCUUCUCAGGACGUCCUGGGACUCAAGCAAACGAAGAAAAACAUCAGCUGGUUAAUUUCCUGGAAAGAAAGUGCUAUUUUUGUCAAGAAACUGCAGGAGUAUAAGGAAGAAGCAAACAGUUUUCCCACUUCAUGUUAACCAGCCCUGACCCACUUUGAACAGCUUUCACCACAUGACUCUGUGCUGGGUCACAUCCCUAUUUCAGCCUUUCCAUGUCUGAGAAGGCAACUCAAGAAAUUCAAUUUACAGCACCUGGAGUCCAAUCACAACUACCUGCCCCGCAUGGUGCAGAGACUCUGGGGAAGGAUUAAGAUACCAGGUAAUUGUUUUAAUUGCCUUCAGCCCUGAAGGAAUGCCGCCCUGGGACUGAGAUUUCCCCAAAGGCCAGAUGGAAUUCGGAGAUCCUAAUUCUCACUUCCCGCUGUGAAUAGUGGAACUUCGAUACCAGAGGUGACAUCCUGGUCCCAUUGAAAUCGAAGGGCGUUUUGUCUUCGACUUCAACGGGCACAGAAUUUCAGCCCAUAUUACUGGGCUUUUGCAAAUUAAACCCUGUGGCUGGGAUUUUGGAAGAAGUGGUUGAGGCACCCAGUUCCAGGGGGUUUGGCCUCUCUGAAAAACCCAACCUAUUAUCCUGUUCCAAACCCAAUGAAGUCAAAGGAAAGGCUCUUUCAGAGAGAGCUGGGGAACCAGCUCCCAUUGGAAACUCGAGCCAGAGUGAGUCUUUUCAGUGGUCUUCAGAUCAGCUCCGUUGGUAGAAGCUGAUUGCCUGGCUCCCUUUGGCGCCUUUGGAUAGUCCAGCUGACUCCAGUGGACUUUGAAGCAGGCCCAAUAUGUAUACCUGAGCCUUUAGCUAGAUAGAUAGAAAAUCCCCCCACACACAAUAAAAUCAUACGACCGUCUGUACUCACACGUAUGUGGCCAUAAAUGGCCUCACGUACUGUAGCACACCCAGUAAUGUAUGAACCCUCCAGCCUGUAAUGCCUUGUCCGUGCCCAUCCGUUCCCAUCUAGUCCUGGGUCCUAGGUCCUCUCCUUGGCUCUGGCUGGGCUUUGCAUGCUGGGGACUGGAGUAGGGGACUGGCCCAUGGCGUUCCCGGGUUCUCUUUUGGUUCCUGGAGGCAAAAGUGGCCUAGUGAGUCGAGCAGGGGGGUCUGGGACUCAGGACUCCUGGCUUCUACUGUGGGAAAAGCGUCACAGAGAAAAGACAAUUAACAGAUGUAAACACACUGAGCAUAGCAGGAGUCACUCAUCAGUCUUACGGGGCCCCAGCAGGUCAGAGUCUUUCCAAUCCUUCCACCAGCCCAGAAGGUCCUGUCCGUUCGAUGGGUCCAAGUCAGUCCAAGCUUAUCCUUUCAGAGCAGAAGUCCUUUGUUUCCUUGUUUCUGGAAAAGCCAGCCUGACCCAGUCUGUGCUAGCGCCCCCCCCCCCCCCGAGGGUGUGAAACUUCUCUGAAGCGGAUCGGUCCCUGAGGUUGUGUCUACACUGCAUUGUAAACCCGGGCUUGUGGGUUCGGUGUUUCCAAGCGCGUGCUCGAAUGUCCACACUGCAUUGGAAGCCUGGGUUUACAAUGCUGGACCUGGGUCUCACAGUAGUGCUAACAUGUCCAUACUGCCCUGUGCAGACCUUCUGACUCAGGUCUGUGGCUUGACCGGUGUCUACACUACACGACAGGGCUUGGACCCAAGUCUCAGCAGGACUCAAGCUCUGACCCAUCCCCCUAGCAGCAUCCUAGGACCCAGGCCCUGAAUGUUUGCUCCACUGAGUCAGACUGAUCUGUGUGCACGCAGAAGGGGGCCUUGGGCUCAGAUGUGAGUCAGAGCCCGGGCGUAGGGUGCAGUGUAGACAUAGAUGGUGAGUUGCUUUGCUUUAUUUCCCUCCCCCCUGCCUGCCAUUUUUGGUUCCUGGAGGAGCUGGUGUAACCCUUCCCUGUGGAGUUAUGUAAAAUUCCUGGCCCACAGUGAUACAUAAACUUAAUAUAGGAUGGUCCCCAAAAUAUUGAUGGAGUGUGUUAUCUAAGACUGGCCUGCAGAGAGCAUCCCAGUGAUUCACUGGAUUGGGGAACAGGGGUGCUGGGUUCAAUUCUCAGCUCUAUCACCAAAUCAUAGCGUGACCGUGGGUAGGUCACUUCAUUGCUUUGUGCCACAGUUUCCACUUUGAAAAAUAAGGAUGAUGAUGAUGAUAUUCCCACUUCCAGUAGUGCUAUGAGGAUAACUCGAAAAAUACUUGGGAGUCAGAUACGACAGUGCUAGGUGCAGUAUGAUACAUGAAGAGUAACAUCUUGAUCAAUUACUGAACCAGAAAUAGUUAUGAACAAGAAACUUCACUUAUCAAAUGUAUUUCACAACUCCUCUUGGAAUAAGUCAUUUAAUCUUUGAGUCAGCUAGAGUAAAUCUAGACCAUCCCUGACAGGUGUUUGUCCAACCUGUUCUUAAAAACCUCCAGUGAUGGGGAUUCCACAACCUCCCUUGGAAGCUUAUUCCAAAGCUCAACUACCCUGAGAGUUAAAGUUUUUCCUAAUAUCUAACCUGAAUCUCCCUUGCUGCAGAUUAAGCCCAUUGUUUCUUCUCUUACCUUCAGUGGAAAUGGAGAACAAUGGAUCCCCGUCCUCUUUAGAACAGCCCUUAACUUAUUGGAAGACUCUUAUCAGGUCCCCCUCAGUCGUCUUUUCUCAAGACUAAACAUGCCCAGUUUUUGAACCUCUCCUCACAGCUCAGGAUUUCUAACUCUUUGAUCAUUUUUGUUGCUCUCCUCUGGACUCUCUCCAAUUUGUCCACAUCUUUCCUAACGUGCAGUGCCCAGAACUGACAUGGGACCCCAGCUGAGGCCUCACUGGGGCUGAGUAGAGCAGGACAGUUACCUCCCGUGUCUUACAUACGACACUCCUGUUAAUACAGCCCAGAAUGCGAUUAGUGCUAGGGCCUGUGUUAUACACGAGGGAAGAUCAGAUGGUCGCAUAGUUUCCAAGGCCAGAAGAGAUCAAUGAGUCAUCCCCUCCUGUCCAGUCCCUAUAAUGCUGCUUCCUUCUCAUUCCUUAUCCUUUGCUGCCCUCUGACGACUGCAUGAAGCAACCAGAAUUUCAUUGACAUCUGCAGUAUUUGCCAUCUUUUCUCUUUACCAGUUUGCUUCCAAAUGCUUCCCGUUUGUCAGUUAAAACUCCUAAGCACCAAGGGCUGGUUGGGGUGCUUGGACUGUGGAUGGGAUCGCAGCACCCCAGACACCUGCUGAGAUUUGCCUUUGUAUUGUUAAGUCAUCAGUGAGUAACGCAUGUAGGCCCCAAUCCUUGUGAGGCCGGCGCCAAUGGGAGGAUGGCUUUUAAGCUCAGUAGGGACAGGUUUUGCCCCCAUUGUCUGUCUAGAUAGGUAAAUGCUUCUGAGCACUGUAGUGUCUGAGCACACACAGGGAUGAGGUGACUCCAACGGAGCAAGAGCAGCGUCACACCAACUGGGGAUCUGCCCAGUGACGCCAGUGGAGCGACGACUGAGGAUCUGGCCCACAGAGUUUAAGGUUGAUAUUUUCCAAUCCUGACUAGGUGAUUUAGACACACAGUUCCCAUUACAUUUAGUUUGAAAACAUCAACCUAAGUGACCCGCUCAGUGCCACACAGAGUCAGGGCAAAGCCGGGAACUGAUCUGAGUUCCGAGGGCCUCAAACGCGUCAUCUCCCCUCUGGGGUCAGGGGGCGAGGGUCUCUGGCCUGUGCUAUGCACAGAACAGACUAUAUCACAGUGGUCCCUUCCAGCCUUGGAACAGCUGGGAAUCCAUGAGUCUCCUAGUGAAACUGUGACCCAUGGCUGUUGGGGGGAGAGAUAGCUCAGUGGUUUGAGCAUUGGCCUGCUAAACCCAGGGUUGUGAGUUCAAUCCUUGAGGAGGCCACUUAGGGAUCUGGGGCAAAAAUUGGUCCUGCUAGUGAAGGCAGGAGGCUGGACUCAAUGACCUUUCAAGGUCCCUUCCAGUUCUAGGAGAUUGGUAUAUCUCCAAUUAUUACUUUAUAUUGCCUAUUACCUAAAACAACCAUUUAGUAUUAAGUGUCCCGCUCCUCAGUGAAAAUCGCAAGCUCUGCUUUUCCCAAAUGAACAGAUUUAGGAAGAGUUUAGCACAUGCGGAUUGAUUGAUUUGGGGCCAACAUUUUCAAAUUUGGGGACCUAAAGUUAAUAGUUAGGCUGGAAUUAGGCACCUAAAUCUGAUUGAAUUUCAAUGGGAUUUGGACAUCUAGCUUCUAUAAAGCUGCUUUCAAAAUGCCAAACUUAUCUCUCAUCUGGCACAACUAUAGACCUCAGCCCCAGCCCCAUUUGGGGAAACUGAGGCACAGAGAGGGGGAUGGGUCACACUUUCAAAAGCAUCUAAUCCCAGUAUCCAGAGGGACAGGUUUUUACAGGUAUUUAGGUGCUUUGUGGAAUUUUCACAAAGAGACCAAGGUUAGAAACUGACCUCUGGAGACAAAUCAGGGUCUCAAAUGCCCCAAUGCAUUAGUCCCACUUAAGUCACAGGGGUUAAUUCUGAUUCACACUAUGGAGACCCAGAAGUAUAACAGAAGCGUAAACGUAUUUGGUGAUAUAUUACUUUGUGUGUAUGUGUAUAUGUGAGGAAGGGGGAAUUUGGGGUAAUAUUUUUAUGACCCUGCUACAUGCCUCAGUUUCCCCUAUAUGCUGCAUGGUUACCCAGUGGGGGGAAAAGAACUAUGUGUGUUUUCAGGAAAGACUAAAAGACACAGGAGUGUGCGCAUCACCUCCCUGUCUGGGUGACAUGAAGAGUUGUUAAGGAACUGGUUGCAACUGACCCAGAUGAACAAGGGGACCGGAGAGAUAAUGCCAGCACUGCCUGGAUUUCCCCCCUUCUCACAGGGAAAAUGAGCAAGGACACCCCCCCCUCCCAGCUGGAGAACGAAGGACGGGGAAGGGGUGCGCUGGGGGUCAGAGGUGACUUCUGGAUGCUCUCUCUCUCCUGGGAACUGACAACGGAGGUCAGACAGACACAGCCUGGACAUGGCUGAUCAGAAUGGACGAUUUUUUCAACUUCAUUUCUCUGUGCUAACCUAAGAGCUUCCUAGGCUGUGUCCACAUGACUAAUAAACCCGGCUGUUUCACA